AUGUCCACCGGAUACAAGCUUCCUGUAGAUCUCAAGCAGUUCAAGCAGCUCAAGCUUGAUCCCAAGAAGAAUGCCACCUUGACUGCGGAGCAAAAGAGCGACCUGCUGAGCAAUAUCAAUCUAUUCAGAGAUGCAAUUAUCGCUUUCACGGCAGCAGGCUCCGCCCGUGGCGUCUCCGGCCACACUGGUGGUCCUUUCGAUACUGCACCCGAAGUGUGCAUCCUCCUCGCCUUCAUUAAUGCCAACCCCGACCAAUGGGUCGAUGCUCUGUUCGAUGAAGCGGGCCACCGAGUUGCGACACAAUACCUCCUAGCUGCCCUGGACGGCAAGAUCGAGCCAGACCACCUUCUCAACUACCGAGAUGCUGAUUCACACCUCCCGGGCCACCCCGAGCUUGGCUUCACCCCCGGAGUCAAGUUCAGCUCCGGUCGCCUUGGACACAUGUGGGGAAUGGUCAACGGUGUGGCGUUGGCGAACAAGGACAAGAAUGUUAUCCUGCUCGGCUCAGACGGAUCCCAGCAGGAAGGUAACGAUGCUGAGGCUGCCCGACUGGCGGUAGCCAAGGGCCUGAAUGUCAAGCUUUUCAUUGACAACAACGAUGUCACUAUUGCCGGACACCCCUCAGACUACCUGAAGGGAUUUGAUCUGUUUAAGACCCUCUCGGGUCACGGUCUGCACGUUGUUCGCGCCGAGGGCGAGAACAUCGAUUCCUUGUACAGUGCCGUUGUCGAGGUCGUCAACCACAAGGGCCCCGCAGCCGUGAUUGUGGACCGCAAGAUGGCCCCUGGCAUUGAGUCCCUCGAAGGCCAGACCAAGGCUCACGAUGUGAUUACAGUCGACAUUGCCCGCAAGUACCUCACCUCGCGCGGAUACAGCAAGGAGUCCCUCGCCUUCUACGAUGAAAUCAAGGGCCGCUCCAACCCCCAUGAGUACCUGGGCACAUCGAAGGAGAAGGGCGCCAACCGGGUCAUUUUUGGUGAGGCCGUCAACUCGAUCCUCAACAAGCUCAGCAAGGAGGAGGCCAUCCGACGAGUCAUGGUCAUCGACUCUGAUCUUGCCGGCUCCACCGGUCUGAAGGCCAUCGCCUCCGAGCACCCAGAGGUCUUCGUCGCAUCCGGCGUUAUGGAGCGAGGCAACUUCUCCGCCGCUGCCGGAUUUGGGUUUGGCAGCAACGGCGAGCGCCAGGGUGUUUUCUCGACUUUCUCUGCCUUCCUCGAGAUGGUCGUCUCGGAAAUCACCAUGGCCCGCCUCAACAACUGCACUGUGCUGUCUCAUUUCUCGCACAGUGGUGUCGACGAGAUGGCCGACAACACUUGUCACUUUGGCUUGAACCACUUCUUUGCCGAUAACGGCUUGGCGGAUGCCGAGGCCACUUCGCUGUACUUCCCCGCCGAUGGUGAGCAGAUGAAGGCAGUCUUGAACAGGGUGUUCUGGGACCAGGGCAUGCGCUUUGUCUUCUCGACCCGAGCCAAGGUCCCCUACAUCCUCAAGGAAGGUACCGACCAGAAGCUCUACGGCGAAGGCUACGAGUUUGUUCCUGGCAAGGACGAGAUUGUUCGCAAGGGUACCGCUGGAUACGUUGUCUCCUACGGUGACAUGCUGUACCGUUCCUUGGACGCGGUCGAGCGGCUGCGCAAGGAGGGCCUUGAUGUUGGUUUGGUCAACAAGCCUACUCUCAACGUCGUCGAUGAAGACGCUAUCAAGAACUACGGCUCCUCACCCUUCGUUCUGGUGGUAGAGUCUAUUGCGGAGAAGACCGGCUUAGGUUCUCGCCUGGGCUCGCAGCUCUUGGCUCGUAAACUCACUCCCAAAUUCCGCACUAUCGGUGUCACCAAGGAAGGAUGCGGUGGCUUGUUCGAACAGAUCAAUUCCCAGGGCCUCAGCCCAAGCGAUCUGAUGGCAGCUAUCAAGGACAUGGCAGGGAAAUAA